GAUGGGUAAAAUGCUCUGAAGCGACAACCGUUUAAACAGAUUCAAGUUUGGGUCUCAGUGAAUCACACGGUAGUACCUCCUAUAGUCCAUAACCAUGAACAUCCAAAACCCAAGCGCUGAACGCGACUACAUCCCUAUCGCUGAUCAUGGUUUGAUCGGGAAUCUGAGGACUGCUGCGCUGGUCAGUCUCGAUGGAUCUAUCGAGAGUUAUUGUGUCCCAAAUUUCGACUCUCCAUCCAUCUUUGCGCGCAUCUUGGACAAAAACAAGGGCGGCCAUUUCUCCAUUACACCGACGGUUCCUUUCAGCACCAAACACAAUUACUUGCCGAGCUCAAACGUAUUACAGACUAAGUUUCUCAACGAGAAGGGCGUGGUUAGUGUCACCGACUUCCUUCCUCGCCUAGAAAAUGGCGAAUCUACGCACCCGUUACUGUUUUGGCUAAUCAGACGUGUCGAGGUGGUCCGCGGUGCCGUCCCGCUGCGCGUCGAAUGCGCCCCCGCCUUCAACUAUGCUCGGGACCCCCACGCUACCCAAAUCGUCCCCGACGAUACCAUCCCACUCCAAUUUUCCAAACAAAACAAAGUCGUCUUCACUUCGAGGCCCGCCGCUUCCCAAUAUCUUGCGAAGGGUGCGAGCCCACAGAACAUGUCGCAUAGCCCGCUCACGCUCGAUUUGCGAUUCCUCCCCGAGUCUUUGCUUGAAAAUGUUCCUGUACCUGAGGUCUCUUUGGAGACACUGGAUCUCAGUGCAAAGGGUCACCUGGGCUUGGCCGCACAGGCGGAGUUGACGCUUGUGGAGGGUCAGCGGGUGACGUUUGUAUUGCGGAUUGCGCCUGAGCACAAAGGUAAUGGUGGGUCGGGUAUAGAUGAAGAGCAAGCAGAGCAGCUAGGACUUAAUUAUCAGAAACUGAUGGCGGGUGCGCACAAGAUGAGGCCAAAGGAUGAUCCGGUCAUUACUAGCGAGCUCCUCGACCAUCUGUUUGUUUCUACCAAUAAUUACUGGAACUCUUGGAUCAGGAAAUCAACCUACCAGGGUUCUUGGAAGGAGGCCGUGCACCGAAGUGCAUUAGCACUAAAAUUACUCAUAUAUGAACCCACUGGCGCCAUUGUCGCGAGUCCAACAUUCAGCUUGCCCGAAUACAUAGGUGGGACUAGAAAUUGGGACUACCGGGCCUCCUGGAUCCGUGACUCUUCGUUCACGCUAUAUGCUCUGAUUAGACUCGGGUUCACUCAGGAGGCUAAUGCAUAUAUGGACUUCAUCUUUGAGCGGCUGAAGAACAAGAACCCAGAUGGUUCCUUACAGAUUAUGUACACGAUCCAUGGUGGGAAAGAUCUGGAGGAGAUAGAGCUUCUCCAUCUUGAUGGACACAAAGAUUCUAAGCCUGUUCGUAUUGGUAAUGGUGCAGCUGACCAUGUCCAACUGGACAUUUACGGUGAAUUGAUGGAUUGUAUUUACCUUGGACAGAAGUUCGGUAGACCAUUGUCAUAUGACACAUGGGUAUUGGUUCGGGAACUUGUAGACUUCGUUGUCGCAAACUACAAGAAACCCGACUUAUCCAUAUGGUCAGUACGCGUCAGGCAGGAGUGUUUUGAGACUAAGUGUCAAUGUCCAUGUCGCAGGGAAGUUCGGGGCAAGGAGCGCCAUUUUACUUACUCGAAGAUUAUGCUCUGGGUCGCAAUUGAUAGAGGCCUUCGGCUUGCGGACAAGCGUUCUCUCCCUUGUCCUCGCCGCCUAGAGUGGCUUGCCGCACGCGACGACCUCUACGAAGAGAUCAUGCACAAGGCGUGGAAUAAGGACCUGCAGGUCUUCGGGCAGAGUUAUGAAGAGACAGACGUGCUUGAUUCGUCGGUGCUCAUUAUGCCCCUCGUGUUUUUCAUGACGCCGUCCGAUACACGGUUUGUGAGCACACUGAAGCAGAUUCUCAAGACGCCUGAAAGGGGAGGAUUGACCUCUAAUAACCUCGUCUACCGGUAUGAUGUGAACAAAUCUGAUGAUGGCGUAGGAGGCGAGGAAGGCACGUUCUGUCUCUGUACGCUAUGGUGCGUUGAGGCUCUAACUCGUGCCGGUGAGUACGAGAGGCCACUUUUGCAGCGUGCAGUGGCGAUGUUUGAGGACUUCCUGUUGUAUUUGAAUCACGUGGGCUUGUGCACUGAGGAAAUCUCGGAGUCAGGCGAUGCGCUUGGAAAUGCCGUCCAGGGUUUCACUCAUGUAACCCUCAUUUCCGCGGCGUACAAUCUUUCGAGGACUCUGGCAAAUCAGCGAUCCGUAUAAAAGUCGAAAAGAAUUCUGGACCUCCUACAUAGAUCAGCGCAAUGUUGUAAUCGUGACUGUAAUCGUUGUACUUAUAGCUGUGGUUGUUCUUGCAUUCCAUUAUGUAAUAGAUCAGAUCAUAAAAUGGAAGUUCCAGCCAGGAGGAGCGGCUAUCUUCCCUUUGUGUGCAGCACACCUUG